AUGUUCUUCAAAAUCAUUAUUUUAUGCGCUCAAGCGUGUUUGAUGCAGAGCAUCACCGCACAAUGUAUCGGUAAUGCGUUUGCUGAAAACAUAGCUUGGAGUCCAUCUUACCCCAUGCCUUAUGGGCCUGCGCCAGUGCCGUACACAUCAGCCCCAGUACCUUUUACACCCACCCCAGUGCCGUACGCACCAGCCCCAGUACAAUACGCACCUGCUCCUUCAUACAUGCCUAAUAGCUAUUAUGUGUCAAGUCCGUAUAACCCAGCAAGUCUAGCUGCAUCAAACGCAUGUGGUCUUGCCGUAUCCAGUUCAUCACCAGUAGCCCCAGUAGGUGUGACUAUGAUGUCAGAUAAUGCCUUCGAGGGUCCAUUAGCAGUAGCUGGGCAAAUGCCGUUCCUAGGUGCUAUUGGGGUUGAAGGUAAUCUUCCUACCUCUGGUGCUGGGGCUGUUUCAUAUAAUAGUGGUAAUGGCCAGGUUGCAGUAAUGGCUGAAGAUCUUACUGGUUAUGGCUACCCAGGCUACUCUUAUGGAGCCCGUGGGUAUGCCUAUGAAGGGUAUUAUUAA